CGGGGACUGCGGCCGUCCGCCGGCGGUGAGCUCAUCCCGCCGCCGCGCCUGGCUGGCCGCGGAGGAGCCCGGCUGGGGCCGCGCCGCGGGAGCCGUCGGCGAGGCGAGCGGGGCCCGCGCGGCGGAGAGUUUUGUGCUUAAAUUUGCAAUAUCCUUUCUGAAAUGGUGUUCAAGAUCAUGGAGAGGAGAACAAUGGAGUUGGAAUCUACUUUUUGUCAGAGGAAAUAUCAACAAUAUUCAGUUUGGCUGAUAGUAAGCAACCUGUUACCUGAGUUUGGGCACUGGCACUCCAGGCCUCUCAGUGCCCUGUACCAGUCCCAGGCCUGAGCUCUGAGCACGGUGGAGCGAGGGCUCCUCCAGAGGCGUGGUAGCACCCUGUGGCGAGGGAUGGUGGCUUUGGUUGUUUGGAAGGCAGCGCUGCUCCUUGUACGACUUAGAACAACAUUUAAAAUGUUAAAGGCAGUUUUAAAAAAGAGCCGAGAGGGUGGAAAAGGGAACAAGAAAGAAUCAGCAGGUGACUCCUGCCCAGAGAAUGCCUUGCAGAUUGUUGCAACAUCCGGCCACAAUGCAGAUUUCCCCAUUGGCAAUCAGCCUGUCUCUGAGGAUACUUACAGAAUGAACUUGGCUAAAGGAGUUUCAAUGUCUCUUCCAUCUUCACCUCUGCUGCCACGCCAGUCUUAUUUGAUGCAGUCAAGAUCAAACAAAAAGUCUCCAGGUCCGAUCAGGAAGCCCAAGUACGUGGAAAGUCCUAGAGUGCCAGGUGAGGCAGGUCUACUGCUGAGAAAAGGAGCAGAGCAAGGAGAACCCAGUCAAACUGCAAAACCUGAUAAAGACUCGAGCUGUUCUCCUGCAGCACAAGAAUUGAUGACAAGAUUGGGGUUUUUACUGGGAGAAGGGAUCCCAACUUCUGCUCAUAUAGAAGAGAAAAAUGAAGCCAUGUGUACAAUAACCAGUCAAGGAGUCAGUCCAUGUUCUACCCUCACAAGCAGCACUACAUCACCUAGCACUGAUAGCCCAUGCUCAACUCUCAAUAGCUGUGCUGGCAAAACAGCAGCCAACAAAGGUAGUCCCUGUGGAACCAUUAGCAGCCCUAGCUCCACCCUGGAGAGCAAGGACAGUGGAAUUAUAGCAACGAUAACAAGUUCGUCAGAAAACGAUGAUCGUAGUGGAUCCAGUUUGGAAUGGAGUAAGGACGGGAGUCUCAGAGCUGGAGCACAUCAAGGGAUUAGUCAUGAUCGAAGAACAGAUAAUUGUUCACCGGUUGCAGAAGAGGAGGCUAUUGGAUCUGCUGAGAAUUUGGCAAAAGAAGUACCAAUGGGAGAGGGUCCUGUUCCUUAUACUCAAAGUUCUGGAUCUUUGAUAAUGCCUCGUCCAAACUCUGUUGCAGCAACAAGUUCUACCAAACUGGAAGAUCUGAGUUAUUUGGAUGGACAAAGAAAUACUCCUUUACGCACUUCAAUUCGCUUGCCUUGGCACAACACUGCUGGUGGAAGAGUGCAGCAGGAAAGUAAAGCACGUUUCGUUCCCUAUAAGCCUCAAGAUAUUUUGCUGAAGCCACUGUUGUUUGAAGUGCCAAGCAUAACAACAGACUCGGUGUUUGUUGGAAGAGAAUGGCUGUUUCAAGCAAUUGAAGAAAAAAUGAAGAAUACAGAUCCGGCAGAGAACCAGGGAGCAGUCAUUACUGGAAGUGUGGGAUUCGGGAAAACUGCUAUUAUUUCACGGCUGGUGGCACUUAGCUGCCAUGGAGGUCGCAUGAGGCAAAUAGCUUCAAAUAGUCCUAAUUCAUCCCCCCAAAGUGGUGACUCCUGUCAGGAGAUUCCUUUAAGUCAGUUACCUCUGUCUACUCCUCCAACAAGUGGUACAUACACAAUGAAGACUUUGAACUGUCCUGGUAGUCCUGAAUACCAAAAUCAAACAGGUGAUUCUGUGAGGCGACUUGCUUCAAAGGUCGUUGCUUAUCAUUAUUGUCAAGCUGACAACACAUACACCUGUCUUGUCCCAGAAUUUGUGCACAGUAUUGCAGCCUUACUUUGCCGUUCCAACCAAUUAACAGCAUACAGAGAUCUUCUAAUAAAAGAGCCUCAUCUACAAAGCAUGCUUAGCCUGAGAUCUUGUGUCCAAGAUCCAGCAGCAGCUUUUAAAAGGGGAGUGCUGGAACCACUUUCAAACCUCAGAAAAGAGCAGAAAAUUCCUGACGAUGAUUACAUAAUUUUGGUAGAUGGUCUAAAUGAUGCUGAAUUUCAUAAACCUGAUUAUGGUGACACAAUUUCAUCAUUUAUCACAAAUAUAAUUUGUCAAUUUCCUCCAUGGCUGAAGCUCAUUGUGACUGUAAGAACUAACUUCAAGGAAGUAGCAAGUUCACUUCCCUUUAUCACAAUAUCCCUGGACAGUUUUCCAGACAACAAAGAAAUUCAUGAUGACUUGAAUGCUUACAUUCAGUACAGAAUUAAUAGCAGUCAGGAAAUUAUAAACAACAUAUCUUUAAAUGGAAAAGCUGAUUCAGCUAUUAUUGGGAAAGUGAGUAACCACCUGAUCAUGAGAAGCCUGGGAUCUUAUCUCUACUUGAAACUGACUUUGGAUCUUUUCCAAAAAGGUCAUUUAGUAAUCAAAAGUGCAAGCUAUAAGGUAGUUCCAGUGUCUCUAUCAGAACUGUACUUACUUCAGUGUAACAUGAAGUUCAUGACAAACUCUGCUUUUGAGCGAGCCCUCCCGAUAUUAAAUGUGGCACUGGCAUCCCUACAUCCCAUGACAGAUGACCAGAUUUUCCAAGCUAUUAAUGCAGGCCAAAUAAAUGGUGAACAACAAUGGGAAGACUUCAGCCAAAGGAUGGAGGCCCUUUCAUGUUUUCUGAUAAAAAGACGUGACAAAACACGUAUGUUCUGCCAUCCUUCCUUCAGGGAAUGGCUUGUUUGGAGAGCAGACGGUGAAAAUACUGACUUCUUGUGUGAGCCAAGGAGUGGACAUGCUCUACUGGCUUUCAUGUUUUCUCGACAAGAGGGAAAGUUAAACCGCCAACAAACUAUGGAACUUGGUCAUCAUAUACUUAAAGCUCACAUAUUUAAGGGUCUCAGUAAAAGGACUGGAAUUUCUUCCAGUCAACUUCAAGCCUUGUGGAUUGGUUAUAGUACUGAUGGACUUUCUGCAGCCCUUGCUUCUCUGAGGAACAUUUAUACACCCAAUGUGAAGGUGAGUCGGCUGCUGAUUUUGGCAGGAGCAAAUGUGAAUUAUAGGACCGAAGUACUAAACAAUGCUCCAGUGCUGUGUGUUCAGUCACACCUUGGACAUGAAGAAGUGGUCACUCUUCUUCUAGAAUUUGGAGCUGCUAUUGAUGGAACAUCAGAAAAUGGAAUGACUCCGCUUAGUUAUGCGGCAGCUGCAGGUCACAUGAAUAUAGUUUCACUGCUGUGCAAAAAGGGCGCAAAGGCUGACUAUCUAGAUAAGAAAGGGCAGUGUGCUUUGGUCCACAGUGCAUUGAGAGGGCACUGUGAUAUCCUUAAAUAUCUGCUUGAUGUUGUUUGGAUAGCUUCCUCUCAAGAACAAAAUUCACUCAGAAAAAGACACGCGCUGCAGCAAGCGCUGACAGCAGCUUCCAGUAUGGGACACUGUCAGGUGGUUUGUUUCAUCUUGACUGUUGUAAAGGAGCAUGAAAUUGACAUCAAUGACACUGAUGCCUUGUGGGGAGAAACAGCCCUGACAGCUGCUGCAGGAAGAGGAAAACUGGAAGUCUGCGAAUUGCUUCUUGAACAUGGAGCGGUUGUGACAAGAGCUAAUAGGAGGGGCAUUCCUCCACUCUUCUGUGCUGUACGGCAGGGUCACUGGCAGAUUGCUAAACUUCUUCUGAAGCACGGGUCUGAUGUAAAUUUAAGUGACAAACAAGGCAGAACUCCACUUAUGGUGGCUUCUUGUGAAGGACAUUUGAGCACUGUGGAAUUUCUCCUUUCUGAAGGUGCAGCUAUUUCAUCUCUGGACAAAGAAGGACUGUCAGCUUUGAGCUGGGCAUGUCUAAAAGGCCACAGGGAAGUGGUUCAGUAUUUAGUUGAGAAAGGCGCAACAACUGAUCAGACAGACAAAAAUGGACGAACACCUUUAGACCUGGCAGCUUUUUAUGGAGAUGCUGAUAUUGUGCAGUAUUUGGUAGAGAGAGGAGCAAUGAUUGAGCACGUUGACCACAGUGGCAUGCGGCCACUGGACAGAGCUAUUGGAUGUCGUAAUACAUCAGUAGUGGUUAUGCUCCUGAGAAAAGGAGCUAAAUUAGGAAACGCAGCAUGGGCAAUGGCCACCUCAAAACCCGAUAUUCUCCUUAUUCUGCUGCAGAAACUGAUGGAAGAAGGAAAUAUACUGUACAAAAAAGGUAAGAUGAAGGAAGCAGCACAGCGCUAUCAGUAUGCUUUGAGGAAGUUUCCGAGGGAAGGCUUUGGAGAAGAAAUGAAAGCGUUCAAUGAGCUGAGAGUUUCAUUGUACUUAAAUUUAUCACGAUGUCGACGAAAAACAAAUGACUUUGGUAUGGCUGAAGAGUUUGCUACCAAAGCAUUGGACCUGAAACCCAAGUCUUACGAAGCUUAUUAUGCCAGAGCAAGAGCCAAGAGGAACAGCCGAAAGCUACUUGCUGCUCUUGCUGAUUUACGUGAAGCCACAAAACUGUGUCCUAGCAAUCAAGAAAUUAAACGUCUCCUGGCUCGAGUGGAAGAGGAAUGCAAGCAGUUCCAGAGAACACAGCACCAGAAGCACCAGUCUCCACAGUCAGUACAGCAAACUAACAACUCUGAUAAUGAGGGGGAGGAGGUUAUACAAGGUGCAAAUAACUCUGGUCCUCAAGAAAGGGAGGAAGAACUGCCACACCCUGAUGAAUCUGUUUCAUCUUCACAAAGGCUGCAACGUUCCUUAGCUACUUCAUCAUACACCAGAACCCUUCAAGACGGUGCUCAGCAGAAAGCUAGACCUGUGUCCCCUCAAGGCAGAACAGGCAAUAAAUAUUUGAGAGAGCCAGGCUUAAUCGUGCAACCAACAAAACAAGCACAGAUUGUAAAAACUAAUCAGCACCUGAGCUCCAUCCAGCCUGGAUCAAAAAUGGGAAGUAGUCAAUGUAGUACAAAGACAACGCAAUCAAAUUUUCAACAUCUUUCCCAAAGUCCUUUGCCAGUCCGCCACUCUAAAAUUCAGCAUUUGGAUGGAACAAACACAUUAUCAUCCGGAAGUAUUUCCACAGGUCCUAGUUCUGAGCUGUACAAUGAGAAGUUUAUGUCCAGCCAGUGUUCCCAUUCACAGCAUAAUGAGAAUUUCUCUUCUCGUUCUUUUGCAAGUAAAUCUAAAACCACUGACAUGUCAACAGCCCCUACUAUGACUUUCAGUGAAGCAAGACAGCAAAGUCCUGUAACCAGUGGUGUCUCUUCGUGUUCUCCAUCCAGCAGUAUGCUUCUUGCCAGCUCAACCAGCAGCUUAACUUCAGCUAGCAGUUUUUCAGAUAGUAUUAAGGGGAUAGGGCCAGAUGUUCGACUCAAGGAGAAUAAAGUUAAUCAAGUUCAGGGUACUGCUGCUGAAUACAGACCUCGCAAUACUCCAUUUAUGGGCAUUAUGGAUAAGACUGCAAGGUUUCAGCAGCAGAAUAAUCAAUCCAGUCGCCCAUGGCACUCUCAAGCAUCAGAUGGAUUACCAACAAAUGUUGCAUCUGGGAGCAUUCAGUCCUCAAAUUUUGACCAGUUCUCAGCCAAACACUAUCAAACUAAAACGUCUACUGUUAUUGCCCCAGGAGACAGCAACCAGAAUGGUAUGCAAGCUAAAGAACAGGAGGAGAUUAAGUGCCAAACAUCUGCCUGCUGUCAAGACAACAGACCAUCUAGGCAAGUUUUGCAUUUAUACCCAGAUGCUCUAGCACACCAACACUCUCACAUCAGUAAGGAAGGCCAUUUAAGUCAUGUCACUUCUACAAAACCAAAGCGAUCAUUCAUCGAAUCAAACGUGUAAAUAUUAUGUUGUACAUUAUGUAGUCGUAAAACUUUGCUCAUAACAUCAUAGGGUAUUAUGUCGAUACAAAAUAGUGAUUGGCUGGCCAUUUUCGAGUUUGAGUACAUAGUCCAAGUUGGCCAGUAUAUCAUGGGUACAACCACUUUUAAGCUGUUCAUACCAUCACAGAACAGCCAUAGUAACUGGAAUAGCAAAUUUCUGUAGGAAGCAUCACCUAGAAUCAUCAGUCAUCUAAACUAGGACCUCAAGCAAAGAAAUUCUUUCCAUUACACUUUACCCUGAACAUACAAAUUUACUUUUACAUAGGGCUUUAAUCUUGGCUUUUAGUUGUAUUACAUCUCAUUACUUACUUACAUCAUAAUCGUGCCUCUAUAAUGCGUAAGUGCUUCUUGGAACAGUGUUAAGAAAAUUCAGAUCUGUAUAUGUAUGGGUUUUUUAAAUCAAAGAUAGUAUUUUAUCACUUUUCUAGUGGGCUCUAAUUCGGGUUGCAUGAUGUACAUUUAGGAAGCAUAAAUAAUUUGUGUAUGAGUAAGCUUAAAGCAGCCAUGUUUUGACAUGUAAAUAUAGCUAUUUUUAGUAACAAGAAGCAAUCAAGUAAACUAAACAGUGACAGCUGCAUGUGUAUUGAAAGGCUUUGACCAUAUUGGUUAUUGCACUGAGUAACGCAAUAUUAUGGCAUGUUAACAAUAACCGCACUUUAUAUAGUUUACUUAAUCACCUCUGGGUGCUAUUUUACAGCAAAAUUAUAUAUUGUUUGUUUAGUCAGGUAAAGAGGUACAACAAUGACAUGUUUAGUAAGUGUUGUGAUAGGAAACUCAAGAAAUGAAUGGAAUGAAGAUGACAGUUGAAGGAAAAGUGUAUGUGCAGUUGCUCUAUUGGAUGAAGUUGUGAAGGUUUUUUUUCAGAGGAAAUAAGGUUUUAUAUUGGCACAGUUCUGAAAAUAAACAGCUGCAGUGGCAUUCCUAUGAUUGUACUUUGGUUGGAGUGGUCAACUUGAGGUAGUCACUUUCAGGUCUUGUUUGUGUACAGUGUUGUAUGUACAUUGUAAACACCCGUAUGCAUUUUUACAAAUUCUUUUCUAAGUUCACAUUAUUAUGCUUUAGCUUAUUUAUUGCUCACUGUUUCUUUGGCAUUUUGUACAAGUCUUAUAUUAUUCUUGUCCUGUAGUUCUAUUUUUGCACAGCUACUGUAUUUUUUCCAUACAAAAUAAAAGUUACUAAUACA